AUGGGUUUUCUCCACAAGCUCUGGGAUGAAACAUUUGCGGGCCCAACACCCGACACCGGCCUCGGCAAACUCCGCAAGUACGAUUCAUUCUCUCUUGUCAGAUCUCCUCCUCCUCCUCCUCCUCCUCCAAUCAUCACGCCUGACCAAAUCUCUGUAACUCGGAGCAUCAUCAUUCUCCCAACCAAAUCCAAAUUUCGGAACGUUUCUGGUGACUCCAACUCUGUCCCGUCUUCUCCGGCAGGUUCAAGUGCCCCCAUUUCACCUUUUUCACGGACAACUCCUCGUGGUCGUGGGUAUUUCAAGAGAUUGACAAGGACAAAGUCGUCACCCGAAGAAUUCGAAAGCGCUGAGCCCAGAAGUCCGACAGUUUAUGAUUGGUUAUUUGUUUCGUUUUAA